AUGGAUAUUAUCUUAGGUAUUAGAGUACAGGACGCUGUCAUCUUAGCAUCAUCAAAAGCUGUAACUAGAGGUAUCUCCGUCCUCAAGGACACAGACGACAAGACAAGACAACUAUCCCCCCACACUUUAAUGAGUUUCACAGGUGAAUCUGGUGAUACAGUGCAAUUUGCAGAAUAUAUUCAAGCUAAUAUUCAACUAUAUGCCAUUAGAGAGGAUUAUGAAUUAUCACCUAAGGCGGUAUCCAGUUUUGUCAGACAAGAAUUGGCCAAAUCUAUUAGAUCUAGAAAACCUUACCAAGUAAAUGUGCUAAUUGGUGGGUUUGAUUCCAAACUCAAUAAACCUAAUUUGUAUCAGAUAGAUUAUUUGGGAACUAAAGUGGAAUUACCUUAUGCAGCUCAUGGGUAUUCAGGGUUCUAUACUUUCUCAUUAUUAGAUCAUCAUUAUAGACCUGAUAUGACUACAGAAGAGGGACUAAAACUUUUGAAGCUAUGUAUCGAGGAAUUGGAAAGAAGAAUGCCCGUAGAUUUCAAAGGGGUAUACGUUAAAAUUGUUGAUAAGGAUGGUAUAAGACAAUUGGAUGAUUUUUAA